CAAACGCUAUAUAGUCAUACAUCAGUUUUUAUAACUACCGUGAUUGGCAUGUUUUAUAUCAAAAUAUUUGAUAUGAAUUUAUGAUAGAAAAUCGCUUUCAGAGUAAAUGCACAAACACGGUCGAAUCCUGUGUUAAUUUGUGUACCAAAAAUGAAAGAUUUGUACAUUAUUCUUUAUUUUGUAAAUAUUAUCUCAAUUUCGUCUAUUAAACAUACUUUAACAUAAAAAAUUGCUUUAUUAUAACAUCAAGAAAUUAGCUUCUUUUUGUAAAUGUUUUACAGAUAUAAAUGAAUGUGACACAAACAAUGGUGACUGUCAACACACAUGUCGCAACACAUAUGGAUCAUUUAACUGCUACUGUAGGCCAGGAUAUUCUCUAAUGUCAGAUGGGAAAAAGUGCAUGGAUAUAGACGAAUGUCGUGGUAACAGAGGCGGUUGUCAGCAUAAUUGUAAUAACACAGCUGGCUCGUACUUUUGCUCCUGCAGAUCUGGUUAUUUGCUGACAUCUGACAAAAGAACCUGCACAGACAUUGAUGAGUGCCAAACAGAUAAAGAUGUUUGUCAGCAUAAUUGUAGCAACACAGUUGGUUCGUUUUUCUGCUCCUGUAGAUCGGGUUAUUUACUUGCAAGUGACAAAAGAAAAUGCAAUGAUAUAAAUGAAUGUGUCACAAACAAUGGUGACUGUCAACACACAUGUCGCAACACAUAUGGAUCAUUUAACUGCUACUGUAGGCCAGGAUAUUCUCUAAUGUCAGAUGGGAAAAAGUGCAUGGAUAUAGACGAAUGUCGUGGCAACCGAGGCGGUUGUCAGCAUACUUGUAAUAACACAGCUGGCUCGUACUUUUGCUCCUGCAGAUCUGGUUAUUUGCUGACAUCUGACAAAAGAACCUGCACAGACAUUGAUGAGUGCCAAACAGAUGAAGAUGUUUGUCAGCAAAAUUGUAGCAACACAGUUGGUUCGUUUUUCUGCUCCUGUAGAUCGGGUUAUUUACUUGCCAGUGACAAAAGAAAAUGCAAUGAUAUAAAUGAAUGUGACACAAACAAUGGUAACUGUCAACACACAUGUCGCAACACAUAUGGAUCAUUUAACUGCUACUGUAGGUCAGGAUAUUCUCUAAUGUCUGAUAGGAAAAAGUGCAUGGAUAUAGACGAAUGUCGUGGCAACCGAGGCGGUUGUCAGCAUAAUUGUAAUAACACAGCUGGCUCGUACUUUUGCUCCUGCAGAUCUGGUUAUUUGCUGACAUCUGACAAAAGAACCUGCACAGACAUUGACGAGUGCCAAACAGAUGAAGAUGUUUGUCAGCAAAAUUGUAGCAACACAGUUGGUUCGUUCAUUUGCUCCUGUAGAUCGGGUUAUUUACUUGCAAGUGACAAAAGAAAAUGCAAUGAUAUAAAUGAAUGUGACACAAACAAUGGUGACUGUCAACACACAUGUCGCAACACAUAUGGAUCAUUUAACUGCUACUGUAGGCCAGGAUAUUCUCUAAUGUCAGAUGGGAAAAAGUGCAUGGAUAUAGACGAAUGUCAUGGCAACCGAGGCGGUUGUCAGCAUAAUUGUAAUAACACAGCUGGCUCGUACUUUUGCUCCUGCAGAUCUGGUUAUUUGCUGACAUCUGACAAAAGAACCUGCACAGACAUUGAUGAGUGCCAAACAGAUAAAGAUGUUUGUCAGCAUAAUUGUAGCAACACAGUUGGUUCGUUUUUCUGCUCCUGUAGAUCGGGUUAUUUACUUGCAAGUGACAAAAGAAAAUGCAAUGAUAUUGAUGAAUGCAAAUUAGGAAGUUCUGGCUGUGAUCAUGAGUGUCAUAACACACCUAGCACCUAUCACUGUGAGUGUAAGGAUGGAUUUUAUUUGGACACCGACAAUAAAACUUGUAAUGAUAUAGAUGAAUGUUCCACUGGUAAUGGUGGAUGCAGCCAUUAUUGUAACAAUGGGAAUGGGACAUAUGAGUGCAGCUGUAAAGACGGUUAUACUCUUGGUGGAGAUUUGACUUCUUGCAAUGACAUAGAUGAAUGUAAUGAAGCUAAUGGCGGAUGUGAUCAGAUAUGCGACAAUCAUAACGGUUCCUUUGCUUGUGACUGCUUUGAGGGUUAUGGUUUACUGAAUGACAGUUUUUCAUGUGUGGACAUAGAUGAGUGCGAAAUUGAGAACGGUGGAUGUGACCAUACAUGUUCCAAUAAUGACGGUUCGUUUAACUGUUUAUGCGACAAUGGGUACUCUAUUCAGGGUGAUAAUUCAACGUGCGUGGACAUCGACGAGUGUAAUUUAGGCAACCAUUCGUGUGAACAGUUAUGCAGAAACGAACAAGGAGGAUUUUCUUGCUAUUGUUUUGAUGGAUUCUCCCUCAACAACGACAAUAGAUCAUGUGAUGAUAUCAACGAGUGUAAAAGUUCAAAUGAUGGAUGUGAACAGAUAUGUUUGAACACCAACGGCUCUUACAUUUGCUACUGUCAAUCAGGAUAUUCCUUAAUGACUGACGGGAAAACAUGCAUUGAUGUAGAUGAAUGCCUUGCAAGCAAGAGUGGCUGUCAACAUAAUUGUAGGAACACUAUUGGUUCGUUCAUUUGCUCCUGUAGAUCGGGGUAUUUGCUGGCAAGUGACGGAACGAAAUGCAAUGAUGUCGACGAAUGCAAAGCUGAGAAUGAUGGAUGUGAACAUACUUGUCAAAAUACGCUAGGUUCAUACGAAUGCAAAUGUAACCAAGGUUACACUUUGUUGUCAAAUAAAAAAGGAUGCAAUGAUAUUGACGAAUGUAAAUCAGGCAGUUCUGGUUGUGAUCAUAAGUGUCUUAACACACCUGGUACCUAUCACUGUGAGUGCAAUGAUGGUUUUUAUUUGGACACAAACAAUAGAACUUGUAUUGGUAGGUUUUGCAUUACUCCUAAAUGUACGAUUUUCUCUGCGCGUAAUAUUUGAACAAAUACAAAUGAAUCGAAGGAGUAAGUAAGUUUGAUUGUCAUCCUAUAAGUUCUCUUUUUAUUAUGCCACCGCAGCAUCUGCGAUGCGGUGGCAUAUAGCGAUUCACCUGUGUGUAUGUGUGUGUGUGUGUGUGUGUGUGUGUGCGCGUGUGUGUGUGUGUGUGUGUGUGUGUUAUAUAGAUUAUAUAGUGAACUUAAAAAAUCUUCUUGUGAGAAACCACUAGUCCAAUUACAACCAAACUUGGCAGGAUUGAUUCUUGGGUGAUGGGCUUUAAAGUUGUUUAAAGAAUUUCAUUCCAUGCAGAAAUCUGGUUGCCAUGGCAACCAAAAGGAAUUAUAAAAAUAAAUUUAAAAAUCUUCUUGUAAAGACCCAAAAGGCCUAGAGCUUAGAUAUUUUGCAUAAGGCAUUGUCUGGUAGACCUCUAACAAGAUUCUUCAAAUUAUAGCCCUGGGGUCAAAAUUGGCCCCGCCCCGGGGGUCAUUGAUUUUCACUAUGUACAUAUAGUAAAAGGUUAAAACACCUUCUUGUAAAGACCCAAAAGGCCUAAAGCUUAGAUAUUUUGCAUAAGGCAUUGUCUGGUAGACCUCUACCCAGAUUGUUAAAAUUAUAGCCCUGGGGUCAAAAUCGGCCCCGCCCCAGGGGUCAUUGGUUUUCCUUAUAUGUAUAUAGUAAAAACUUUAAAAAAAUUCUUCUAGCAAUUGACAAAUGCUAGAGGUUAGAUAUUUUGCAUGAAACAUUGUGUUGUAAACCUCUAGCAAGAUUGUUCAAAUUAUAGCCCUGGGGUCAAAAUUGCCCCCGCCCUGGGGGUCAUUGAUUUCAAUAUAUACAUAUAGUAAAAAAUAAAAAAAUGUUAUUAUCUGAAGGUACAAGGCUUAGAGCUUUAAUAUUUGUUAAAUAAUAUCAUCUAAAGGUACUCUACCAAAGUUGUUCAAAUUUUGCCUCUUGUGUCAAAAUUAGCCCCGCCCUUGGGAGCCAUAGGUUUAUCUUAUAUGUAUAUAGUUAAAACUUAAAAAAUCAUCUUCUCUAAAUUUACAAAGGAUAGAGUUAAGAUAUUUUGCAUGAAACAUUGUGUAGUGAACCUCUAGCAAGAUUGUUCAAAUUAUAGCCCUGGGGUCAAAAUUGGUUCCGCCCCGGGGGUCAUUGAUUUUCAUUAUGUACAUAUAGUGAAAAAAAAAAUUUUUGUCUGAAGGUUCAAGGCAUAGAGCUUUGAUGUUUGAUAUAUAAUAUCAUCUAUAGGUCCUCUACCAAAGUUGUUCAAAUGUCAAAAAUUGGCCCUGCCCGGGGGCAGUGAUUCUCAUUAUGUACACGUAGUAAAAACAGAAAAUAAAACAAA